AUGGGAAUAGUGGUGGUGGUGGGAGUGGUGGGCACUAAUCGGCCGAGCCAUCAUCGAAUCAAUGAGGAAGAUGUGCCCGAGUCAAAGCACACACCGUCUUCAUUAGAGGAUUGCCCGGGAAUAUGCCCCACCGAUGAAGUGGAAGAAAUCGGGAGUAUUUCGAUGAAAGAAUUGGCCCAUGCUCGUUCGAUUUUACGAAGGUUUCAGCCGAUCGCUCGCGACUUUUCGUCGCCGUGCGUUUCCAGUCGAGAGCAUGCGAAGGAGUGCAUGAAUAGAUACAAAGAUGCGGAUGUUUUGGGAUAUCCGUGUGAAUUGACAUGGUUUCGUGAUAUUCGCCGUUUCGCUUCAUACCAAGCUGCACAACAAGGUGUGAGAGGAGGCGCCGCUUUGGCGAAUCGUGGACGACGCGGGAAUAUGUAUCGACCGAAUGCGGGGAGAUACGAUAGAGGAAGCUACUACGAGAGAAAGCGACGUCAUUCAUCCGAUGAGUCGUCCCGUUCACGCUCGAGAUCUCGUUCUGGCAGUGGCUCAUCGAGGCGUUCCCGUUCCGCUUCUCGUCGUUCAUCAUCUCGUGAAACCAAGACGAAUCAAAAGGAGAAAAAACAGAAGAAGACAAAGAAAGAAAAGAAGCGCCGUUCCGCUACACUCUCAAGCGCUUCUGAUGGUGAGCUGCGAUCGGAAUCAGGAAAAGGAAGUCGAUCCCCUCGUCAACCAAGAAGCCCAGCUCGAUCUCCACAAAAAGAAGCUUUAGUUGUGAGUCAUGAUCGAUCCGAUUCACCGCUACGUGUGAGAGAAGUGAAGGCGGCUCCCAACGAGAAGGAUGGGAUUCAAAUCUCGAUCAAGGUGCCAUCAAGUGUCCCACUUCCACCAAUGCCUCCACCGCCUGUUCAAUCACAAGCCGGCAAAGAGGUACACAACACCACGAUCAGCUUUGGACUUGAAGGGGAUCAACCGCCAAAGAAAGUCAUUCGCAAGCCGAGCACUCCGCCCGCGAAAGAGGAGGAGAUGGAUAUCCCUACACCACCUGCGCCAGCUCCUGCGCGAGCUCCUGCGCCAGCUCCUGUGCGAGCUCCUGCGCCAGCUCCUGCCGAGCCACAAGUCAUCACGAUCAAUCCACGAUUCAAGCCCAUAGGCGAGCGACCACUCAAUGGAGGCUAUGUGAACGCUUCACAGAAAUUGGUCGAGAUCCCUCCACGUUCCCUCUCCGCCACCACCUCCACCAAAACCAAGACAAUUGCAGAAACGAGCUUCGGAAUUUCAGGAAGUGAAACCGGUAAUGAAAGACGACAAGUACCCGAACACGGCGACCUUUUGGAAGGAGUGAAAGAAUUUCAGACGAUUAUCAUCGAACAGAUCAAGUAUGAGCCACCAGAGGAAGAGGAAUCAGGAACUCUCAAGCUCUCCUCAUUGUCGACAAUGGAGGAAGACAAUGAUGAAAAUGAGGAGAUGAAAUCAUUUGAAAGGGAACAGAAAUUGGCCUCACUCACCACACUUCAACGGGAUAAAGUCGAGCUGAAGAAGAAACAACUUGAAAAGGCAUUUAAAAACGACUGUGAGACGUACAAGAUCGUGACGCUGAAACUGUUGAGUAAAGACGGAGAUCUCGAGAAAGGAUUGCGAUUGGCGAUGAUGCAGGUGUUCGAAGAUUUGGAGAAGCAAAUGUUAGAGAAAUUGGACGUUUUCCUCACUCAAGUU